AAACUGAAACUGAACUGAACUGAACGGGGAAACAAACCGUGGUUUUGUUGUUUUUUUCUCCUCUCCCUUUCCCAUUCCCUAACCUCUGGGAAGACAGGAUUACCUUUCUCUCCAUCCUAGGCCAAAACUGAAAUCCUGUUCUUUAAAUCCUGAUGCUCGGCAGAAGGAGGAUGUACUUGGAUGUCAGUACAUGGGAGCAGAAGCUUCAAGAACUGAUCCAGCAGGAGAAACCCUGGGCCAAAUGGACCCUGAAGUUGGAUGAGAACAUUCAGCCGGGUGGCAUGGCCCGAGGAUGGAGGCAGUACAUGCAGAGAGCAUUUGGGAGGUUCUGUUGUUCCUCAUGCCAUCGAAGCUGGGCUUCUGCUCAAGUGAAGAUCCUGUGCCACAUGUCUAUGCAGCACCGGAUAUACAAUGGCCAGGUGCUUCUGCGGAUUUUUGCUCAGAGGUGCCAGAAGUGUUCCUGGUCUCAAUUUGAGAAUCCUGAGUUCUCUUCAGAUAGCACCAUGAGAAUUCUGAACAACCUGGCGCAGUGUAUUCUGCACAGCUACUAUGGGCAUAACUUCAGGAAGAUGCCGGUUGCUCCAGUCGUGGGGUUGAAUGGGCCCCAUGACAGGAGCAAUUGUGAGGCGUGCACUCUGGGCAUCUGUGUAAGGGGCUCACAGGUACCUAUCAAAAAGCCAACCGAAUCUCCACCUUCUGGCCCAAACCCAAGAGUCUUAAUUUUUUAUGGUAAUGAGAUUCCUGGUGACCCACCCUUAGAAUUUACUUCAGAUGACAUUAUAAGGAUUUUCUGUUUUGCACUAUUUUUUAUAGUAUGGAUAGUCAUAUGUGCUAAGCAAAAUAAGUCUAACUGGUAGGUUUUCUUUGUUCUCUUGUCUUGAUUCCAUGUUAGUCAAUAAAGUGGUGACUAUUCUAAUAUGACAGAGGGUUUCCUUUGAUAUCAAGCAGGGUUAACUGUGUAAAAUAAGCACUGGUUUCCUGAACAUACUCUGAAGAUAAUCUAAAACAUGGCUAUGCACAUGAUGGACCCAAUAAUAAAUAUGUAUUGAAUUAA